AUGGCAUUUUAUCCACUGCAAAUCGCUGGACUGGUUCUUGGGUUCUUCGGCAUGGUCGGGACCCUUACCACAACUCUUCUGCCUCAGUGGAGAGUAUCGGCUUUUAUUGGCAGCAACAUUAUUGUCUUCGAAAGGGUCUGGGAAGGCCUCUGGAUGAACUGUGUCCGACAAGCCAAGGAUAAGUUGCAGUGCAAGGCCUAUGAUUCUUUGCUGGCCCUCCCUCCUGCCCUAGAGGCGUCCCGGGCCCUCAUGUGUGUGGCUGUGGCCCUAUCUGUGAUUGCUCUGCUUGUCGGCAUCUGUGGCAUGAAGAAGAUUCGGUGCACAGGCUCUAACCGGAGGGCAAAAGCAUACCUCGUGGGAAUUUCCGGAGUCCUGUUUAUCCUGACCGGUAUCUUCGUCCUGAUUCCAGUGUGCUGGAUGGCCAAUACCAUCAUCAGGGAUUUCUACAACCCAGCGGUCCAUGUAGGUCAGAAACGAGAGCUGGGAGCUUCACUCUUCGUCGGCUGGGCCACUACCGCGGUCCUCAUCGUCGGAGGGGCUCUGCUCUGUGGGUUCUGCUGUUGCAACCGAAAGAGGCCAAGGCACAGAUAUUUAGCCCCUGGGCGUCAUGUGCCACAUGCACGUAAUCCACGACCGACAGUGAGGGUGCUCAGUAGGACUUCCACCAGUUAUGUCUAA